CAACUGUUCAGUGCUGCUAUGACCCACUUACCUUUCUCUCCCUUGCUUCUUAAACCCUUUUUCACCUACAAAUGCCAUCCGCUUCUGCUUCCUAUUUCCCACCGGUCCCUUUCGCAUCUCCCUUACCUCUCCUACUCCCUGCUAUUUCCGAUACCUCUAUCUCUAUGCGCUGCUAUCAUCCUCGUCGGGGAGGCUUGUAGCGUCACACAAGUGCAAGCCAUGACCAAAUCCAUAGAAAUCCCAGAUUGCUACUACCCAAAAGAGCCCAGCUUGGUGUGUCCAAGCAGCAGCACGCCGAGGCACACCCUCUACCUCUCCAACCUUGACGACCAGAAGUUCCUGAGGUUCUCCAUUAAGUACCUCUAUGUGUACAAGAAAGCAGUGGGGUGGGAGGCCCUGAGGACCUCUCUCUCAAAGGUUCUCGUGGAUUACUACCCUCUCGCAGGGAGGGUGAGGACCAGCGCGGAGGAUGGGGAGAAGCUGGAAGUGGACUGCAACGGGGAGGGGGCACUUCUGGCCGAGGGCUAUGUGGAUCUCACGGUGGAGAAGUUUCUGGAAGGGUCUAGAAGGCCCAACAGGUCCUGGAGGAAGCUCUUGUACAAGGUCGAAGCACAGAGCUUCGUGGCUGUUCCUCCACUUAUCGUUCAGAUGACUCAUCUUAGCUGUGGCGGUAUGAUCCUCUGCACUGCAAUAAACCACUGCCUUUGCGACGGUAUCGGGACAGCACAGUUCCUCCAUGCGUGGGCCCUCAUCACGUCCAAGCCUAAUGCCAACCUUCCCACGAAUCCCUUUCACGGCCGCCACAUUUUGAAGCCUCGAGAUCCACCCCAGAUUGCAUUCUCCCAUCCUGAGUUCAGCCGUCCUCUGCCCCAGGUUGGUCCUGACAGCGACUACAUCACGCAGAUCCUUCUGUCGCAGCCGUUGGUCCCUGUUUCCCUGACCUUCACCACCUCCCACAUCCUUCAUCUCAAGCAGCAAUGUGUUCCCUCGCUCAAAUGCACCUCCUUCGAAGUCUUGGCUUCGCAUGUAUGGCGUGCCUGGAUCAAGUCACUGGAUCCUCCAGCCUCCCUCCAUAUCAAGCUCCUCUUUUCCAUGAACAUGCGUCAGAGGUUAAAGCCGGAGCUCCCCAGCGGCUACUAUGGCAACGGCUUUGUUCUAGCAUGCGCGGAGACCUCUGCGGAGGAGUUGAUUGCGUCGAACCCACAUUAUUCCGUCAAAUUGGUGCAGGAGGCCAAGGAACGCUUGAACGACGACUACGUGAGGUCCAUGAUUCAUCUGCUGGACGUGAGGAAGGUGAAACCGGAACUGUCAUCAAGCUUGGUCAUCUCUCCAUGGACGAAGCUGGGGUUGGAGGACUUGGAUUUCGGGGAAGGAAGGCCACUUCACAUGGGUCCUCUGGCGAGCGAGAUCUAUUGUCUGUUCCUGCCAGUUAUCGGCGAUUUACAGGCUUUCACUGUCCUAAUGUCGAUCCCACAAGCGGUCGCAGAUCGGUUUCAGCACUAUUGCACGAAAGAUUUGGAUGAUGAGGAGGAGAAUGGGAUUAAGGAGGACGGAGGAAGAGGCUACGCAUAGCUGAAUUAAUUAAUGCGGUGUGCUACGUAUGUGCACUUUUUUGUCGUGUCGUUCUUCCCCGCUCUUGGUUUCAGAAUUCGGUCGUUCCACAACUUGACCCUGUUGUGUAUGCAUGUUGCGGUCGAUACCUUUGUCCCCUGUUCAUCAAGUUGAAAUUCUAGGAUGACCGAUCAUCCCUUGGAUGUUAUGUAGAGAAGGAUUAAAUAUCAUAAUAAACUGAUCUGGUUGAACUAGCA